GACAAAUAAAGAUCAUUGCUAAAUUGCCACAGGUUUAAUUUGUAGACAAGCUAAAUAUCGAGAACUGAAUGGAUGCGUACUUCAGUUCAUUAAUCGCCUACAAUGCACCCCAACAGCGAAAUGUGUUCUUAUUUUGCAUACUUGGCUCGUAGAAGCUGGAAGCUUUGUGGAAUUUCACAAGCCAUGAGCUGGACGGAUUCACGGCGAGAGGUUUUGUACCAUGAUGAAACUCCACGUUUGCGACAAGUUCUGAAAUGCCGACGGCAAAUCUUCGGCUUUGGCUUGGGCACUUCUGUGCUCUUGGCGCUGGUUCUACUGUACCAGUCCAUCAACACAGAUGAAACUGCCCGAGUAAGAGACCGUCCAAUUUCAUAUGGACUGCCUGGGCAUCUUGCAGGGGUCAACCUUGGAGGGUGGUUAUGCUUAGAGGAUUGGUUUUAUUCUGGUGAUCGUGGCCUUCAUGUGUCCACUGUGAGCGAGCAUGGUCAAGGUCGAUGUUUACCUCCAGCCGUUUCCAACACACCGUGGGAUUCUGAAGGGAAUCUCACCUUUCAGCUCAACCAAACAAGAGGUUAUAACUUCACGGUGAAGGCUUUCAGUGCACAUCGACAUGCCUUCAUCGGUGAAGAGGACUUAUCUGCCAUUGCAUCGUUGGGGUUGCAGAUGGUGCGGCUUCCUUUGACAUGGGCUGCUUUCGCAGACGCGCUCAUGCCUUUGGAUCAAAAGAUCUAUGGCUCACACAACCCUAUGACAGAGACAACAAUUGUCCCUGAGACAUUGCUAUGUAAGGUCCUAAUUACUCCUAAUUACUUUGUAGGGUUCUCAAACACUUGCCUUGAACCCGGAUGUGGGUGUGCAGUGGUGAAGAGAUCUACCGAUGUGCCCGUGUUUGAGGUCCCAGAUCCUUUCUACAAGGACCAAGCCGCCUUUGCGACGAUUCCUAGAGAUUGGCUCGCGGAGUUCCUAGUGCGUUGUGCAAAGCAUGGCCUUCGCGUGCUCAUCGAUUUGCACGCAUUUCCUGGAGGUUCUUCCCAAGGCACCUACAAUGGCGUUUGGCCCAAUUGGCCUGCAUUUUGGAGGAACAAGACCCAGAUCGGCGACGCAGAGCUCUCACAGGUGGGCUUAUGGAUCAUUGGUGCCGCAGUGGGAUGGCUAGAGCAUCUUAGCGACGAAGCGAAGGAGGGUUUGGUGGGGAUUACACUGAUGAAUGAGCCUGCACACCUGAACUCUCAAGAGCAGUUUGCGGCCGAAGAGGAUAUCUUGCGCUGGUUGGCAGAGGCUGCACAGGUUUUCCGUGUGUCCAGCCUGCCGAAGCAGGGGAAGAAGUUGUAUGUGCAGAUGAUUGACACCGCCUUCAAGAACUUUACUGGCACGGUGGUACCUUGGUUUUUCCGAACAUUCUCUGAGCUGGAACGCCUCAGCUGGGUUGUGGCAGAUCAGCAUUGGUAUACGGCUUGGUCCACUGACUGUGACAUGCGCGCAGAUGAAUCCGGAUCACUAAAUUGCGAUGCACCAAUGGAGACCAUCAGGCCCAAACUGUACAAGUGCGCUUCAUCAUUUGCUGAAACCUUUCAAAACCAAUUUGGGAUGCAAAUGGCUGUGAGCGAAUUCUCGGUGGGCACCAGCGAAGACGCACUUUUUGCUUGUCGCGAUCGAAAAGUCCUGAUGGCAUUUUUACAAGAGCAGCUCAGUGCUUGGGAUGCUUUUGGGAUACAGGGAUUUUUCUGGACUUGGCGCAUGCCCUUUGGAAAGAUCUUCGAGCCUGGAUGGAGCCUCCGAUGGCUUGCAGGUCUAGAAGAAACAGCCAACCUACCUUGCUUCCAGUGACCAGACGAUCCUUGAGAUGGAGUGACUUCUUGAAGUCUCACCCAACUUAUAUGGUUUGAUUGAGAAUUUCAGCAUCGUCAAUGGUGCGUGUCAAUGGACAUCGUUUCUGGCUGUAAAAAUGAUCUCCGCCAGCUGAAGGCUGGAAGAAAUACUUUGUGCUUGGCAGGUACGACUUCCCAGACAGCCAGACCAGCAGCGGAGUAGCUUCGGCGAUGAAAAACUGCUUCGGCUCCUCCGCUUUGCGAUGCUGCCUCGGCGCCUCACCUUUCC